AUGGUCGAAUCUCCAAUUCUAGGACAACAACAAACAACACCAACUCAACAACAACAGACAAUACCAACCCCUCCUCAAGAGAUCAAGACGGUUGGUGGUUUGGCCAAUCAGCCCAGUCGAAAUGAUUAUGUUCCAGAAAGUGGUGAUAUGGGUGGUUCGAGUGGUGGUGGUGGAAUGAGUGGUGGUGGUGGUUACAAUCCUCAAUUACAAACCAUGGAGAGUGUGGAUCGUCAACUCACUCAAGCAUUUGGUACACCUUUGAAUCCCUCUGAACAACAACCUUAUAUUCAGCAACAACAACAACAACCUUUGGGAAGUGAAAUGACGACAAGAUCUCAGAACGAUUAUGCUCCUCAAAUGGGAACUAGUUCUUCCCUGAGUGGAUUCACUCCACAACAACAAGAACAACCCACAAUGACGAUGAGCGGAGAAUCCUCCACAACAACUCCACCACCAAUGAUGAUACCUCCUCCUCCUCCGUCCAUGAUAAGCAGUAGUGGUGGUGCUGAAGAGAGGAUGAGUAGUGGUGCUGAAGAGAGGAUGAGUAGUGGUGGUGGUGAGAUGGGACGAUCAUCUCAAAAGGAUGAUGCGCCUCCUCCUUCCAUGAUGAUGACGAGUACUGGUGGAAUAAGCAACAACGAACCUUCAAGUAAUCUUCCAAUGGCUUCCUCAACCAUGAUGAUGACGACCACUCCACCUACUUCUACAAGUAUUCCUCCACCUCCCACCACCACUGUUGCAACAUCACCUCAACCUCAACCACCACCACCACCACCUCCUAGUUCGACCUUCAUUACUGGAUCAAUACCUCCACUUUCACCUCGAGGAGGAGGAGGAGGUAUUGGUGGUGGUGGUGGUGGUGAACGUAAACUCAUUGUCUGUUCGAGUCAGCCCUCUGAGGAAUUGUUGGAAACUCACUUACGAGGAGGAAGGGUCACGGUUCCACCUGGUAAUUAUGAAGGAAAUAUCCAACAUGGAGCAGAAGAAGAAGAAGUAUCAUCAUCCUCUUUGGAUCAGCAACAACAACAAGCUUCAUCUUCCUCCUCCUCAUUCAUGAUGGGAACCACAAGAGCCUACGCCUCUCCUUCCCUACUCUCGACCCUUCCGUCCUCAGACUUGUCCCACAAGCAACCACACACUCAAUUCCGAGUUGCAACUACAGAGGAAUCCUCACCACGAAGUCGAACAGGAGCAUCAACAACUACAUCAACAAUUACAUCAUCAACAAAACCUUAUUCCUCCAUCUUUGAACCACCUGCCAUGAGAGCCAUCAUUACCUGUGAUUUCAAUCCAGAGGAACCAGAGAGAGCCUUCAUGUAUCUUGAAAAGUAUCCUCAACCUUCUCCUCAUCGUUUAAACCCAGGAGAGGUCAUUGUCAAGAUGAAGUACGCAAGUAUGAAUGCCUUUGAUUGUAAGAUCAAUCAGGGUAAGAUUCCCAUGGAGAUUGCUUCCUCCUCGAGAACGUAUUGGCGUCAGUAUCCCAUGGUGGGUGGACAUGAUGGUGCUGGAAUGAUUUACAAGUUUGCAGAGCCCUUCACCAUCCAAACUUCUUCUUCAUCAACAACAACAACAACAGCUCAUCAUCAUCAUCCAACUCCUCAUACAGUAACUCCAAGUUUGUUUGGUUUUCGUGUGGGAGAUCCAGUCUUGGGUUUCACCUCCAAUGCUCAAUUUGGAACGUUUGGAGAGUAUGCCAUCUUCAAUGAGAGAGAUUUAGUCAUGAAACCUGAGAAUUUGAGUUGGGAAGAGGCUGCCUCACUUCCUUACAGUGCAUUAACUGCGAUGGAAUGCUUUUUGAAGGCAGAUAAGAAGAGACAAAAGAAGAAGGCUCAAGGACCUUCAAUGAUGAUGGGUUUGAGAACAGGUGGAACUGCAACCACCACAACCACAACGGUGUCUGGAUCCAUGGAUCAACAACAACCAUCCAUGAGUGGUGGUGCUGGUGCUGUCGGUGGUGGAAUGGGAGGUGGUGGUGAUGUUUUCUAUCAGAAAGAACCCAUUGAUUCUCAAACUGUGCAAUCUUUGGUGAAUGGUGACAAAUUUGGAAGUGUCUUUAUUCAUGGAGGAAACACGAGUGUUGGUAUUUGGUGCAUUCUCUUAGCAAAACAUUACUUUGGAGCUCAAAGAAUCUACACGACCAUUUGUGGAGGUAAUGUGGAGGAUGAAGAAUUGUUAAAGAGACUUGGAGCCGAUGUGGUUGUGAAUUGCUCGACUGCAACAACUGGUGGAACGGAAGGAUCUGUUCUUUCCACUCAUUUAAAUAACUAUGAUGAAUUGAUUAAUAAGGAUCUUCAACAGUAUUGGGUAGAGUUUUUGGGAGAAUUGGAGAGACAGGCAGGAGGUGGUGGUGGUGUCACUACAACUGCCAGUAAGCAAAUCAUGACACAACCACCCUCGAGUGUGGCACCAUCAACUCAGGAGACCACCACGACAUCCGCUCAAGUCACACAACCUCCAACAUCGACAGCUGGUACUGGAGAGGGAAUUACAACCGAGUCGACCACUGCAGUGUCACAACCAAGUCAACCCAUGCAAGAACAAACAACUACCAUUCCACCUCAACAACAACCACAACAACAGUUAAUUCCACCCACAACUUCAACUGCAAGUGGAGAGUUGAGUCCACGUUCAUCCACAUCAUGGCCACAUAAAGGAUUUAAAUCAAGAAAGGAUAUGGAUAAAUGUAAGAAUUUGGUUGGAUCCCUCAAUUUGGCAAUUGACACCGUUGGUGGUCAUGAUGUCAUGACCAAGUGCUUUGGGUUGUUGAGUGGAAGUCAUAGUCAUUUUGUCACGUUGUGUCCACCUGUGGAACUUGAACAACGAAAAUUGAGUGGUAAGGAUGUUUGGAAGAUGGUGAGCUUGACUGCCACGAACAGAAUUAAGAGCUUCUUUGCUAAUUAUCCUCAUUUCCAUACUAUUAUUCAUGUGGAGAGUGACAGGGAGUUGUUGCAAGAAGUGGUCGAUUGGUAUUCGCAAGUCAAGAAUGAACCAUUCAUGAGGAAUGCCAUUCGACACAAGAUUUAUGAUUUGAGAGACGGUGCUGCUUGCAUGUUAGACUUGAGAGAGAAGAAAUUUAGUUCUCACAAGUUGCUUCUUGACAUGUCUUAUUGA